AUGGCUAUGAGAGGUCAUCAGUUUACCUGGGAGAAGAGUAAAGGCACUAGCAAUUGGAUUGAAGAAAGGUUGGAUAAGGUUUUGACAACGGCAUCGUGGGGGGAUGUCAAUCACCAUGCGGAUGUACAGAACAUUCUGACUCGUACAUCGGACCACUCGGCUCUAUUCCUCAGUAUCAAUGCUCCAUGCAUGCAAAGGGGAAGGGGUCCGAGAGGUUUCAAGUUUGAGAUGGCCUGGUUGCUGGAUGAGGGGUGUAGGGAGGUAGUUGAGACUGCUUGGCAGGAUCGACGGACUGAGGGUUUACUGAAUUGUCAUCAAUAUUGUGGACACAGUCUGAUGCGGUGGGGUGGCGACCAUUUUCAGAAAUUUGGGGACCGUAUUAAGCAGCUGCGUAUGAAACAAGAUGCUAUUAGGCAUAGGCGCGAUCCGGAUGCGAUAACUGAGUUUCGAAAUCUCAAAAUCCAGUUGUCCCAGCUGGAAGCCCAGGAGGAUAUUUUCUGGAGGCAGUGA